AUGUACCCAAAAAUAAUUAAUAAUAAACUUUUAGACCCCGUAAUACUGUUAAUUGAUUGGUACAUUUACAUUUUUUCAAACCCAAUAUUUCUAUCUUUAACUGUUUUUCUGGCUUUUAUUGUUCUGGGAGAUUUUAUUACAAGAAAAAAUACCACAAAAAAAAGUUUAUAUGACUCCUCAAAUGCUCAUCAGAAUGUGGGUCAGAAUUUUAAAAUCUUAAAGAAAAUUAGUGAUCCAACCAAAAUCACCUUUGGAUGUUGCUGGAGAUAUGAAUCAAAAAAAAGAAUACACGGGAGGAUGUUUGUAAAUGAUAGAUCAAUUACAUUUUUUUCACCAAUCUCCAUUACUUAUGAGGACGAGGAAAUUAUCUCAAAAUACUCAUCAUUCCCAGGCAUGCUUAUUUCAGACGUUACCAGAAUCACUUUGGAAUAUACCCAAAUCUCAAGGAUGAUAAGAAGAGGUGGGAACAAAGUUUUAAGAGGAAGUGUAACUUUUGAGAUUUAUAAUAAUAGUGAUAUUCCUUUGGAAUUAAUGUUUUGUCAUUUUUUCCAUACAAAAUUUGUGUAUGACUUACUUUCUAAGUUAUGCACUUUAAGCUGCAGUAGAAUUCAUGAAACCAUUCUGGGAGACAAAAAUAAUGAUUUGAGUAAUAUUGUUCAAGAAAAGUCGAAUUCAAUUGAAAAUUUGGAAACUCUUGGGCAAUUGGACCAGCAGACUGAGUCUAUAAUUCCAAAUGAACCUUGCAAUUUUCUCUUGUAUAAUAUCCAAGAUAAGAUAUCUAUAAAUAGUAACUGUGAUUUAGAUCAACAAAAUGUAUAUGGAAUUCUGGCCAAAAAAGCAAGUAAUGACUUUGAAGAAUUUAUUAAUGAAUAUGACUUUAACUCCAUCCCAACAUCAUCUUUGUCAAAUGUUUUUCCCUGUGUUAUUAUACCUUUAAAAGUCCAGAAAAUUUUCUCAAUUCUUUCAAACCAUAGCCUGGACAGUUCAAAAAAUGUUUACCUUAAAUAUUUGGAACUUUCUGGGGCAUCAAAUAUUCAAAUAGAAUCUAGGCCUUGCAAUGGAGAUUUUAUGCUUCACUUUACAUAUACAUAUGAAAAGUCUUUGAACAUAGCAGGUGGUUUUGGAAUUGGGUGGCUUUCUAAAAAUGUGAUGAAUAUAAAGUGUCAGGAGGACUUAAAGCUUUAUAAUCUUGGCAAUGAGGUUGGUAUUUUGCUUUGUGUUGAUGUUAAUUCUACAGGUAUUCCUGAAAAUGAUGCCUUUACUGUGAAUAUAAGGCACAGGUUUACGCCUUUUAAAACCAUUUCAAAUAUUCAGAGUUCAGCCAGCUUGGAGAAUGACAUAAAUAAUAAGCCAGAGGACGAAAAAAAUAACUUUGUUCAACUUGACAUUGAAUGUGAUGUCACUUUUUAUAGAUUUUCUUUUUUUAAAAGUCCUGUUGUUCAAAAUGCAAUUGAGCAGACUAGAAAAGGUCUUGAUCUUAUAAGAUCCUCCUGGAAAAUGCAUUACUGA